AUGAGCUCCUCUCGCAAGUCGUCAAACAGGCCGAAGAAACGCGUUCUGUCCGUGAAGAUUCCAUGGACCGAGGUUGCCAGCACUAUGGGACACAAUGUCACUGAGGGAGCUAUCGUUCAGCACUUGGCGAAGCUUCGCAGCCGUAGGGUUGCUGCUGGCAAGCCUGUACCUCCGCCCCUGCGACGUGGCGGCCUUGGUGCCGCGAUCAAACCAAUCGGACUACCAUCAGGCAAAAAUACGCCAGACAGCAAGCCUCAGCGAGUCAUCGCAGGAACAAAUCACAAUGGUGAAACGGGAGCAAGUGAUUUCGCGGACGUAGAUUCAUCAUCGGAUGAAGACUAUGUGGAGGGAAGAGCAUCGAAGUCACGCAAGAAAAGAACCAACACAGCUGGCUCGCGGGCCCGACGUAAGCGCAAGCCCGUUGUCAAAUUGGAACACGACACUGAUGGAUAUGAUUCGGAUGAAGAAGAUGAAGACGACAGUCUCUUGGUCCCCGGUGCGGAGUUUCUUGAUUGCCCCAAUAGCAUGAGCUCACCCCCCGGGCGUCAGCUGGGAAGCCCCGAAGACGACCAACCCAGGAAGAUAAUCGUACUCAAGUAUGCGCGACCUGCCAAUCAAGCUUCUACUGGUGACAUCUCGGAACCUGUCUUGGGUUCGACGUCUAACGAUGCUUUCAUUGCAUCGGGCUAUACGUUGCAACAGCAACCUGCUGGGGCUGGUCAAUUCCCACUUCAGAGCCAAACCCCUUCGGCCAACCUAUCUGACACUUUCUAUGCGAACGCUGUGUCAUCGACGGAGAACAAUAUGCACUUAGAGCCUGGUGAUCCUGGACACCAUCCCUCAACCCUCUGGUUUGACGACGCUACACUUGGAUAUCCCAACGCCGUUUAUCACGGGCUUUCCAACCCUGAUCUGGAUAUCGAUUUCUCUGGAAACCAUAUAAGUAAUACAGACCAGCAAUUCGAUCAUUUGCUUGGCUAUGACGAUGAUUUGGUAGGCUAGUUGUUGUCACUCCACAUGACGCUCUUGACAUACCAGCACUUCAAUGUCUCCUUUUGUGUCGAGACUUCAAUGGCUUGGUGUCUUUUUUAUCGUACAAUCAAGCACAGCUCACCGUCUGUUUAUUCAUCUCUGCAAUGAUCAUCGGUCUUUCUUAUUCUCUGCCAGUCAUCAUUCACUGAUAGCUGGCUAGUUUUUCUUUUCUAUCCCACAAGGAGUGCCUGGCUAUUUUCACCUUGCAUGGCUUCAGAUCUAGCGCUUUAGGCCUUCCCUGACUUUGAGCCUUAUUCCCCGGCGGCGGUUCUGACGUUGAUAAUGGUUCUGUUCUAAUAAUGCUACCAAAAACAUCCCUGGUUAUUGAUGAAUAAAAGACAACAUGUUCAAUACGAUGGUUCUUU